AUGAUAGACAAUAAUAAGAUGAUCGGUUUUGACGUAAACUACUUUUUGAAAAAUUGUACAGACUUAGAAAAGGCAUAUGAAAACUUGCUAAGUGAAAAAAAACAAAGUGAACUGAGGCUAAAUGAGGCGCUAAACAGAUUUAAAGAAAUAAAUGAAAAAUAUGAACAAGAAAAAAAAAACACUUUAGAUAUUUCACUGUCCAUAUCGGAACACACUGAUAAAUUAAUAAAAAAGCAAAAAUAUUCGGAAAGCUACGAGAAUGUGAAGAAACAGAACGAAGACUUUAAGGAAAAAAUUGAAAUGCUCAAGAAGGAAAAAGAACAAGCAAAACUAAACAUGGAGGAGAAAAUAAAAAUGAUGGAUAUUAAAAGACGCCGAGAAACUGAAACAUACGAAAAACAGAUAAGAAACGAUAAAAACAAAAUGCUCGAACUGGAGAGGCUCAUAGCAGAAUUAGGUCUAGAUAUAUCAACCAAAGAUGCAGAGAUAAAAAAGCUACGCUCUUUUUUAAAUGAACUUCAACAAGAUAACGAAAGAAAAAUUUUAGAAUACGAGCAACAAAUUAAAGAUUUAAUUAUAAAAAACGAACAAAACAACAGAAAAAAUAAGGAAGUAAUCAAAGAUAUAAUAAAGGAUAGUGACAAUUUAGCAUUAAAUAAUUUAAAGAAUAAACUUCAGUUGUUACAACAAGACUACAAUAAGUUGGAGAAGGAUUAUAUAAAUUUAAAAAAGAGUCUAAGUAAAACAUCAAAAAAAACAAGUACUUCAACAGAACGUGUUAAGAACCAAUGUUCGAAAGGUUUAUAUAAAAUAUAG